GACCGUGUCUCUCAACUGCGGCGGCUGGCGACGCCAUUUUGGACGUGCGGCGGCCAGGGCAGCGCGUAGCGGCCGCUUCCCCGACUCGGGCCGGGCCUAGGAGCGUUCCCUGCGCCGGCGGACCCCGAGGAUGAUGCUGAGAGGAAACCUGAAGCAGGUGCGCAUCGAGAAGAACCCGGCCCGCCUCCGCGCGCUCGAGACGGCGACGGGCGAGGGCGAGCCGGCAGCCGCCAUGGCGCUGGCGCUGCCCGCGGAGUCCGCGCCGCCCGCGCCCGCCGACGAGCGCGCGGACGAGGAGCUGGGCUUCACUAUCGACAUCAAGAGCUUCCUCAAGCCCGGCGAGAAGACCUACACGCAGCGCUGCCGCCUCUUCGUGGGCAACCUGCCCACCGACAUCACCGAGGAGGACUUCAAGCGGCUCUUCGAGCGCUACGGCGAGCCCAGCGAGGUCUUCAUCAACCGCGACCGCGGCUUCGGCUUCAUCCGCCUGGAAUCCAGAACAUUGGCAGAAAUUGCAAAGGCAGAACUGGAUGGCACCAUUUUGAAGAGCAGACCUCUUCGAAUUCGAUUUGCCACUCAUGGAGCAGCCUUAACUGUUAAGAACCUUUCUCCUGUUGUUUCUAAUGAGCUUCUGGAGCAAGCGUUUUCCCAGUUUGGUCCAGUAGAGAAAGCUGUUGUGGUUGUGGAUGACCGAGGUAGAGCCACAGGAAAAGGUUUUGUAGAAUUUGCAGCAAAACCUCCUGCAAGAAAGGCCCUGGAAAGAUGUGGUGACGGGGCAUUUUUGCUGACAACAACUCCUCGUCCAGUCAUUGUGGAACCUAUGGAACAGUUUGACGAUGAAGAUGGCUUGCCAGAGAAGCUAAUGCAGAAAACUCAGCAGUAUCAUAAGGAAAGAGAACAGCCACCGCGAUUUGCUCAACCUGGUACAUUUGAAUUUGAGUAUGCAUCUCGAUGGAAGGCUCUCGAUGAAAUGGAAAAGCAACAGCGCGAGCAGGUGGACAGAAAUAUUAGAGAAGCCAAAGAGAAGCUGGAGGCAGAAAUGGAAGCAGCUAGACAUGAACACCAGUUAAUGCUGAUGAGACAAGAUCUAAUGAGGCGUCAGGAAGAACUCAGACGCUUGGAAGAACUCAGGAACCAAGAGCUGCAAAAAAGGAAACAAAUACAAAUGAGACAUGAAGAAGAACAUCGUCGUCGAGAGGAAGAAAUGAUCCGGCACAGAGAACAGGAAGAACUCAGGCGACAGCAAGAGGGCUUUAAGCCAAACUAUAUGGAAAAUAGAGAACAGGAAAUGAGAAUGGGUGAUAUGGGUCCCCGUGGAGCAAUAAACAUGGGAGAUGCGUUUAGCCCAGCACCAGCUGGUAACCAAGGUCCUCCUCCAAUGAUGGGUAUGAAUAUGAACAACAGAGGAACUAUAACUGGCCCGCCAAUGGGUCCUGGUCCUGCCAUGGGACCAGAAGGAGCUGCAAAUCUGGGAACUCCAAUGAUGCCAGAUAAUGGAGCAGUGCACAAUGAUAGAUUUCCACAAGGACCACCGUCACAGAUGGGAUCACCUAUGGGCAAUAGAACAGGUUCUGAGACCCCUCAGGCACCAAUGAGUGGUGUAGGUCCUGUUGGUGGUGGUCCUGGUGGGUUUGGUAGAGGAGGCCAAGGGGGCAACUUUGAAGGCCCUAAUAAGCGUCGUAGAUAUUAGAUAUUCUUUAUUUACUGGAUAUUUAGAGAAAACAAUUUAGUGGUAUGCCUUUUCACUUUUACCUGUUACUUGGAAGAAAUGGUUUUAUUGUUAAUGUAUGUAGACUUUAAAGUUUUCUUUUGUAAAACUUGAGGUUUUUGUAUUUUUCUUUAUUCAUAAGCUUUGUAGGUUAGAACGGUAAUGAUGAUGAUGUUCAUCAUUGUGAAUGUUAAAAAUAUUGUUGUGACUAGCUAAAUUUAAGUAUGCCAUAGUACUGUGAAAUCUAUGUAGUUACUUAAUCUCAAUAAAGAAAUCAUUUUGGAUCAUUUAAAAUGUUAUUAGUGGUAUAUUCCCUUAUAGUUUUGCCUAACCUUGCUAUAGCAGUAAUAACGUUGCUUUAAUCCAGUCCAUUUGACAAAAUGGUUUUCUGCGUUUUAGUUUGUGCAAGUGGCACUUAGAAAUGUAGUGAGAACUUUUGUCAUUAAGUGUAGAUAGGACAGCAGGGAGGGGUGGGAUGAGGGUGCUUACAUGUAUGACCCAUGGCUGUGCUUUGAAAUCAGUUACUGUCUACAUCUGAAUUAUUCUGAAUGAUUCUGAAUAUUUAAAUAUUACGAGAAGGAGUAAUAAGGAUCUUUAUCCUUUAUUAUUAUUUUUUUCUCAAAUUAACCUGCUGAAUCUUACAGGGGAAAAGAAUCUGUUUGGAUGGAGGCAAAUUUUUAUUGCUUUAAAAUGAUGUCUUUAUAACAUUAUCUGCCAUUUAAAAUUUUUUUUUUUCUUUUCGGGUCACACCCAACAAUGCUCAGGGUUUACUCCUGGCUCUGCACUCAGGGAUUACUCCUGAGGUGCUUGUGGGACCACAUGGGAUGCUGGGGGAUUGAACUCGGGUUGGCCGCAUGCAAGGCAAAAGCCCUGCCCGCUGUAGUAUUGCUCCGGCUCCUUAAAUUUGAUUUCUAUAUGUAGCUCUUGCCCUUCAGAAUUUCUUUAAAGUAUAGUUAGGUUGAAUAUUAAGGAUUUGCUGUUUGAGUUAAAAGAAUUAAGACAUUUCUUGAAUUUGAUUUAUAGAAGUAUGAAGUAUAUGUCUUUAGAAGUAUAGAGAAGUAUAAGUUGUCUUAACUGCAGUUUUGUAAUCUUUUUUUUUUUUUUCAAAUUUGGUAAUUCUCCAGGAAAACUUGUUUGAUAAGUGUAUUUUUUUUUCUCAAGGAGUAGCAUGUCAUUUUUUAAAAAAUGAGGCUCAUUGGAAUCAGAUCCUAUCGAUUUACUGGCAGAUACACAUUCUGUUUUUCAAAACCAAGCAGAAACUGGUUUUAUAACAUAAUGCUUGUUCCAAAACACUGCUAUAUAUUUAAGUCACUGCUAUAUAUUUAAAUAUCUAUGAGUGAUGUUUAAUUAAAAAUGAAAUUUAGGAAUCAUUUUCCAUCAAAAAUCCAAUGCAUCAGUCUCAGCUCAAAAUAGGUAUUUCUUAUGUAACAUUUCAGUUUAUUAUUACCAUGCUUUUUAUUAGCAUUUUUAUGGUUAUGUUUUGUUUUAAAAUAAACUUUAAAAAAUUACCUCUUUA